AUAUUGCCCUUCCAAAGAGAAAUAAACAAAUCUUGGCUCUACGACAAGCCCAGCCUGCACAGGGCUUAGUGGGCGAGAAGUGCCGGAAGCAAAAACAACAUGGCCAAGAUACUAAAUGAGGCUCAGCCUACAUUUGCCGAUGCAAGAUUGGCAAAUGAGUUUUUUGCUGCCGAAUAUGAUGAAGCGAUUUGUCUUAUUCCUUCGUCCGGCAAUGUCCGGAGGGGCCACCUGCUGAAUAUUUUGCAGCAGUGCCUGCCUAUUUUAGCCCUGCUGCUGGAGACUCGGCACUGGGGACUUGUGGGUGGUGGUCUCCUACACCCGCUUCCUGGGUUCAUAUACACUGGGGUCUGCGCUGUUAACAUAGGUCAUUCCUUGCACAAUGGCUUGCAAUUUCGGGUCUGCAAUAUCUACGCCUUUGAGCGCUCAAUGGCUGCCGGGUGGCUGUGCCGGGCAUGUUGUACGAUAUAUGGUGAGAAAAAUAGUGCCGAUUGUACCUAUUCAAUGCCCCAAUUUAUUGUGAGACGGCCACUACUCAUCUGCACCCGGUUCUGAUUAGCAAUGGGAGAGUACGUCUUCUGUCUUCCCGGAAGAGCGAGGCCGAUGGCAGCAGAUGGUGGAUAUGAUGGAAUUAAGUAACCGCCCUCUAGCAUAUUGAUUCGUAUUGCGCUAUUUAUGAAGCGUUUUGCCGAACACAGAGGCAGUC